UCUCAUUCUGUUUUAUACAACAAGAAGUACACGAAGAGACCGAUAUAAUUUAGCUCUCAAACAUUCGAAGUUAACUAUCAUUACUUGCAAUACAAAUGGCGUUUUCCCAUAAUGUUUUCUUCGCAAAAGUUUCCGGCAGCUCUCCCUUGUGUUUCGAUCGCAUUUAGAUGUUUAAACAGUCAGAAUAAUGUAUUGAGGUGAAGUUGUUCAAUGAAAUGUUCCAAACCUCCAAUAAACCAGUAAAUAUAGAAACUGCAGUGCUAAUACUUGACUCCCAGAAACUUGGGAGGCUUCGAAGUUGGUUCUCUAGAGUUGUGGCAACUCUUGCCGUCUCAGCUAGCUCUCAAAAAUUGCUUCUUUGGUGAAUCCUUGAUGGCAAAAGUCAUGCUUAUACUUCAUCGAAUUAUUCCGUCCUUGGUCUCGAACCCAGUCAAACAUUCUAGCAGCCUAUGUGUUCAUAUUCCUCAGUCAUUUGUGGCUAAAUUCAUCCAUAGUGACAUAAAAGCAGAAUGUGAUACAGUAGUCAAUUCCAUAUGUGGUUCAUUCAGGAGGGGCUGGAACUGGGACAGGCUGACUCAAAAAUUUGAUUCUGUUCAAUUAAAUGAUUUGAUUGUUGAGAAAGUACUACUGGAGUUAAAGGAACCAAAUGAUGCAAAACGGGCUCUGGCUUUUUUCCAUUGGUCAGCACAAAGGAAAAACUUUGAACAUGGGAUUCAGUCGUACAGUAUCACAAUUCAUAUUUUGGUUCGUGCCCGACUGCUUAUCGAUGCUCGAGCAUUGCUUGAAUCAAUUUUGAAGAAAAGUGUAGAGAAUUCUUUGAGAUUUUCAGUUGUGGAUUCUCUACUUAGCAGCUAUAGGAUUACUGCUUCGACUCCAUUUGUGUUUGAUUUGUUAAUACAGGCUUAUGCUAAACUAAGAAUGUUUGAGAUUUCUUUUGAUGUUUGUCGCCAUUUGGAAGAGCAUGGGUUCUCUUUAAGCCUUGUCAGUUACAACACUUUGAUUCAUGUUGUUCAAAAAUCUGAUAAAGUUCCUUUAGUUUGGAAGAUUUACGAGCAUAUGCUUCAGAAAAGAACUUACCCAAAUGAAGUAACAAUCAGAACCAUGAUAAGCGCAUUGUGCAAGGAAGGGCAGUUGCAGAAAUAUGUCGAGAUACUGGAUCAGGUCCAUGGGAAGAGAUGCUAUCCUUCAGUGAUUGUUAAUACGACUUUGAUCUUAAGGAUUUUAGAGGAGAGAAGAAUUGAAGAUGGUAUGGUAUUAUUAAAGAGAAUGUUGCAAAAGAAUAUGAUUCUUGACACAAUUGCUUAUUCACUAAUUGUUCUUGCUAAAAUAAAACUUGGGAAUUUGGAGUCAGCAUACGAGGUGUAUGAAGAAAUGCUUAAAAGAGGUUUCCAAGGAAAUCCUUUUAUCUACACUUUGUUUAUAGGAGUCCAUUGUAAAGAGGGUAGAUUAGAAGAGGCACGUUGCUUGAUGCAAGAGAUGGAAAGUAUGGAUUUGAAGCCGUAUGGCAAGUCUUUUGAUCUUCUCAUUGAGGGGUGUGCUAAAGCAGGAAAUUUGGAAGAAAGCGUAAGAUAUUGUGAGAAAAUGUUGGAAAGGAGACUUGUUCCUAGUUGUUGGGCAUUCAAUGAGAUGGUUGGAAAGCUCUGUGAGAAAGGGGAUGUGGAGCAGGCCAAUGCAACAUUAACUAUUUUGUUAGAUAAAGGGUUCUUGCCUAAUGAGGUCACAUACUCUCAUCUGAUCAAAGGCUAUGGAAAAAAUGGUGAGAUUAAUGAAGUUCUCAAACUCUACUAUGAAAUUGAGUACAGAUCACUGUCACCUGGAUUAUCGGUCUAUACAUCAUUGAUUAAGAGCCUUUGCCUCUGUGGGAAAUUAGAGGAAGCAGAAAAAUAUUUGAGAAUUAUGAAAGAACGUUCACUAGUUCCAACUAUGUGCAUUUAUGACACAUUGAUUGCAAGCUACUCUAAAAGAGGGGAUAGAACAAAGGCUCUUCACCUUCAGAAUGAAAUGAUUUCACAAGGACUAAAGCCUAGUUGCUCCUAAUUUCCUGGUUAAAAUGCUGGGAACAUUGAAGACUAGCUUAUUUGAGUAGGAAAAUUUAAGAGUCCAUUCAAUGUGAAAGAGUGACUUGUGCUGACUCUAAACAACUUGCUCUGGCAAUUACCAAUUUUUUCCACUGACCUCAAAUCAAAUUGCACCGGCUUAAGUUGAUCAUGCAAGUUGUACAUGAGGAAUGGAUCCUGUACAUAAAAGGGAAAGUCGAUAGAACCAUGAAGGUUGGUUUUUUUGUUCACGAUUGGGCUUGUGCUGACCUCUAUGGAUGGUAUGAGCUACAUACAGACUUUGACUGUUUUCUAUGGUCUUUGUGUCCAUCUAAUUAUUUGAGCACAAAUUAGUGACUACAAUUUUUUCCUUUUCCAUUGCCAAGCAAUGGAUCCAUUGGUGCUACUUGUAUGAAUAUUGUGGUAAAAUCAAUCAUUUAAUCUGAUACUAAGGAAUGGUGAUCCUUGAACUAAGUGCAUUAGUGGCCUGGAAAAGAGAAAACAUGCUUGUGCGAGGGGUUUCUGGAAAAAAGUUGCAAAUAACUAUUUUGUGAAAACACAGUAUUUUUUGAACUACUUAACACUUUCAAAUCGCAUGUUGAACUUAUGAUUCGUGUUUUCAAAACACAUUAUCACCUGAAAUUAUGAGUUCAGUGUUAAACUUAGCUGGUAAGGUUGACGCUGUUAGUUAAGGAAAAUAUAUAUUUUUUUUCUUUCUUUGCCAUUCCAUGGAAUUAUUUUUUUCCUCUUUAAUCUUACUCUCCAAAAAAAAUACAGGUAAUCUGGGGUUUCAACUAGGAUUGGUUUCAAGUGGGGUUUCAACUAGGAUUGGUUUCAAGUGGGGUUUCAACUAGGGUUUUCAAGCAGGAAUUGCAUGAUAAAGAGGGAGACAAGCAACCAGACCUGCAAACCAGAGUGUGCAUUUCUGCAUUUUUGCAGAGUGAACCCAGUGUAACUGAUUUCCUCAUUGUUUGCCCCAUAACUUUCUUCUACUCUUUCUCUAUAUAUAUGUAUCUAUAUACUUAAAGUUGUGGUUAUUGGCUUUGUUUUUCUCUAAACUGCAGACUGAAAUGUAUGGUUUUCUAAGAAAAAGA